GGUGUUUCUUAUGGAUUCGCCAGCAGCAUCUUCUACUUCUUAUAUGCGUCAUGUUUCCGUUUCGGAUUGUGGCUUAUCGUCAAUGGCACUCUUCAACCAAUGAAUGUCCUCAGGGUUUUGUUCGCAAUCUCCUUUACUGCUGGAAGCAUGGGAUUCGCAAGUUCCUAUUUCCCCGAGUACAUCAAGGCGACAUUCGCUGCCGGUCUUAUCUUCCACAUGCUCGAAGAAGAACCACGAAUUGAUGGCAUGACCAGCAACGGCAAGAAACCGAAGAUCGCCGGUGCCGUCAAACUGAACAAAGUCUACUUCAAAUAUCCGGAAAGACCGGACGUGCCCAUACUUCAGGGGCUGGACAUUGAUGUCAAGCCUGGUGAGACACUAGCGCUGGUUGGGCCUAGUGGUUGCGGAAAGUCUACAGUGAUAUCGUUACUUGAGAGGCUUUACGAUGCUUUGGACGGUUCUGUG